AUCAUAAUUUAGACGUGUACAGUGGUUGUGUGUGUAUACCGAUAAUAACAUGGUUGUCUAGUGGGUUUUAGCCACUACAGCACAGUGUAUUGCAACGGACCGAUGCUUAGACCACACGCAUGCUGUACAUCAUCGCAAGGUUAAAUAUCUCUGCAUUUAUAAUUUCAUCAUUGUUUUGAAAAACAAAAAUGUGGUUGAUGAACUACGCGUGGAAUUAGGACCAACGAAGCCAUGAAUGAUAUGAGAUGAUUACAUGAUUUAAAUUGGUAUAAAGCUUCAUACGGAUCCAGCAGCCAGAUUGCCGAUUAAACCUUCCUGUAUUACACGCCAGAAAAAUACUGUCUGUUUGUUCAGAUAACACUAUGGUUGGAGAAACAAUUUAAUUUACUUCUACUGCUUAGCAUUAUAUGCCAUACUGAGGUUAACUGGAAGGUGUUUUAAUUUAUUUAUAUUCCUGGACAUCUUCAUAAAAGAUAAUGUGUAUAUCAUCAAUAAAUGGAGUGGACAGAAGAUGCGGCCACAAACAGCACCAGACGCAGCAGCGAUUGCAAAACAAAACAUGGCGGGCUGUUUAAUAUGCCGCCUGUGUUUUCUGUGGCAAUAUAAACACUGUUUCCUGGAAGCUCGGUAGAUAUUUGACGGGAAAUACAGAUAAACUAAAUGGGUUGUGCUUCGUCUGUAACGGAGGAGAGGACCACUAAGAAUGGUACAGCCGGUGGAAUCCCUGAGCCAGAUGCCCCUCCACCAACAGACCCAAGGCUACCCUUAUCAGCUCGACAAAAAUUCAGCCUGGAAAAAUCGUGGAAGGCGGUGCAACGAAGCUUAGAAGGAGUUGGAAUGAAUGCUCUGAUUAGAUUAUUCAAGCAAUGUCCAGACACGCAAGAUUGGUUUCCUUUGUUUACGGGAAAGACAGAGGAUCAGUUAAGAGAAGACGAGUCUUUUGCUGCUCAUGCUAAUGCCUUGAUGUCUGUGUUUGAUGAAUCAGUGGAGAAUUUAGGAGAUGUUGACGAAGCGAUCAAACUUCUGACUAAAACGGGUAAAAGACAUGCAAAACUAGGCUUAGAAGCUGAUAUAAUAAUGAAAUUUCAUCAGCCUCUACUUAAGGCAAUUGAGGAACUUUUGGAUACAAGAUAUAGUGAAAAGAUAGAAGAAAUCUACAAAUUGUGGUUAAAGUUUGUAUUCGAACAUAUAACAAAAGGAAUGGAGGCAGGAGCUUAAUGCAUUUGUCGUUCGAAAGAUCACGGCCUAGGCAUAACGCAUUACAAUGCAGUGAUACAGAUCCAGCGACUGUUUAAUGAACAGCUUUUAAUGCAGUAAUAAAGAUCCAACGACUGUUUGGUGAGCAGCAUAUAAUGCAAAGACAAAGAUACAGUGACUGUUUGAUGAAAGGCUAUAACGCAGUGAUAAAGACACAACGGCUGUUUAAUGAACACCUACAAUGCAGUGAUACAGAUCCAACGGCUGUUUAAUGAUCAGCUCGCACGUAUAAUGCUUAUGGCCUGCCUGACACAAGAUUGACAAGGAACAUAUUAUGAGGUUUGUGUGGAAUACAGAUGUGUAGACUUAUUUGAUUGUAUAGUAUAGAUUAUAUUUUAAAGACUCCUCAAUCACCAAGAGUGCCACUUAGCAUGCUUAGCUAUAAUUUAUGACAUUGUGUGUAAAAUCAUGCAUUGGUGAGAAAGAACUGUGGGUCAAUUUCAAAGAGCUGCUUAAGCAAAAACAUUUGCUAAGCACAGCCACUUUAUGCUUACUAAAUUAAGGUUACUAUCCACCAUGUCACAUGUACAGUUUGUGACUGGUAUCAUGUCUAUUUCUGAUAAGCAGGAAACUGAUAAGCAGUUUUGUUUUUGCCUAAGCAGCUGAAUGAUUGGACCCCGUCUAUACAUUCAUGAUGAACCCAUUGUCACUAUUCAACAUUUAUUUUAUACAAUAGAGUUGCAUGAAAGUUGACAAAGACUUUUGUUUUGUGUUGUUAAUAUAGGCGUGUUUGAUUUUUUUAAUUACCUACAAAUAUAUGCAUCAGUUUUGUAGUUUAAUUGAUGACAAUUACGUCAUGAAAUAACCAACUGCACAGUUGUUUCACUACCCUCAAGGGAAGUGUUUUUGUCUGACAUAACUGUGAAAGUCGAGAAUAGCAACUUUGGUAAAACGUCUAGUAUUUUGCACUUUGUGUGACAUGUAAAAAUUUGAGCUUUUAGUCAGCGGAGCGACGAGAAAAGAAUGACAAAUUUGUUUGUCGGAAACAUCGAGUUUUGGACUCGCCAUAUCCAUAAAUUGUUUCACUCUUUUCUCAAAAACUAAAGACGUUCAGACAAAAUUAUUUGAGACUUGGGACGUUUUGUACCACGGUUUUGAUCUCUCGAGUCAAAAACAAAACAGUAGGCUACUUGCUGUUUAACUGCUUCAUUUAAUAACAAGAAAACAUUUAAAAAAGAAGGUACGUUUGCUAUCAUUCUUAAAACCAAUGGUAAGAAGUACAACAAUUUUUGAUAAAACAAAAAUGCAUUUUGAGAAACAUUUCCCAUGCCACAGAAGUUGAAUCCGAGGGGCGUCAGUAACGCUUCUUAAACCGUGUUGGAAUUAUUCUUCAUGCGUGGACAUAAUCGCUCUGGAUUGUCGGCUCUAUCUAAAAAAACGUUUUGUUUAUUCCGUCACAAGUUUACACAAAUUUAUUGAUUUCGAUCAAGCUUGCUGAUAAAGGCAAACCUAAAUCAAAUUGAAGUAGUCUGUAGUUUGGAAUUUGGAGGCAACUUAUACACAAGUGUGUUAGGAAAUAGAUCACAGUUCAGUGAAAUACCCACCAAAAUGACAACAAGAUUCUAUGUUUUUUUCUGAAGGAUGAAAUAAUUAAUUGCUUGAAUAACAGGGUUUUAACUUGGCACAAUUUUAUAAUGCAGCUAACACAUUUUCUGCUUAGCAGAUCUAAGCAGGAUACCAGUCCAAAACUGUACACGUGACAUUAUAUUUUGGCUGGUAACCUAAGAUAAUGUUUUUGCUGAAGGUGCUCUGAGUUCUGGGCCCAAUUUCAAAAAGCUUGUAGGCACAAAAACCUGCUAAGCACAGACAAAUAUUGCUUAGC